GGAGGCUGUGACGGCCACCGGAGGAAGCUUCUCGCCUAGCUGUCUCCGUCGAGCGGGGAAGAUGGCCGCUAUGAAAAUGUUAACCAGCGGAGGGCUCUUCCUGGCGCUGUGCGCGCUGGGGCUUCUCGCUAUGGCCAUUUGCACCGACUACUGGUACGAGACGGACGCGAGGAGGCACCGCGAGAGGUGUAAAAACUACGCCAACAAGCGCAACGACCCGGGCUACAUCUACAUCUCCAAUCACAACCUCCCCCUCCGUAUGCCUCCCAAGAGGAGAGGAGGCGGCCCGGAGGCUGCUCCUCUCUCGAGGGGCAAGCGACACUUUGUGGCCGCAGCCUCCGGGAUGGAGAGUCACUGCAGUCGACAGUUCAACUCCACGGUGUCCGGCCUUUGGAGGAAAUGCCACCGAGAGGGAUUCGACCUUGAAACCGAGGAGCAGAUUUACAAAGGAAUAAUACAAAGAUGUACUCCAGUAAACUACCACUACACUUCGUCGAGCCUUCCACGAAAUGUACCCAUCAACAUUACAAAGACCAUACGACAGGAUGAAUGGCAUGCUCUUCAUCUAAGAAGAAUGACGGCUGGCUUCGUUGGCAUGGCUGUCUCCAUAAUUCUUUUUGGCUGGAUAAUUGGAGUGCUGGGAUGCUACCAACAGCAUGACCUCAUGCAAUAUGUGGCCGGCCUACUUUUUCUCAUGGGAGGAACAUGCUGCAUCAUCUCCUUGUGCACAUGUGUGGCCGGAAUCAACUUUGAGUUAUCCCGCUACCCUCGCUACAUGUACAGCCUUCCCGAGGACAUUAGCCACGGCUAUGGCUGGUCCAUGUUUUGUGCCUGGGGCGGCCUCGGCCUUACUUUGCUGGCUGGGUUCCUCUGCACCUUGGCCCCCUCCCUGAGCACGCCGGUCCGCACGACGCCUCACAAGCCGCGCCAUGAGAAUGGAACCGUGUGACAGCGCCGGGCCACUAACCCAUUGAGCGCACAAACUGAACCCUUCAAAACUUUGAUGUUGAAAUUGACAACCAUUUUUGUCUGCUCACCUUCUCACCACACCCUCAAUAUUGCCAACCCUCUCAGUGUUCAUAGUGCCUGAGUUGUGAGAACACACAUUCUGGAACAAAGAACUAACAGACUUGUAACACAAUUUCUUGAACCCCUCCAAAAUGAACUCCGGGGACACCAAGAGUGCAACCUAACGUCUGAGAGGCGCUUUGGCUCUCGUUACACAAUGUUUUUUUUUUUUUUUUUUUUUUUUUUUAGGAUCCUCUCUUUUUGACAUGCUGAUUUUAUGGCAAUCUGAAGGUGACUGUUUUCCAAUGGUGCUCUCCUGAAUCCAUUUGCUACACACAGUCCGACAGGCACGUUCAAACCCAUGCAGCUUUUCCACGUUGUCAGCUGUUGAAUCAUGAGGAAAACCAUCCAAAUGCAGAAAAUCACAUACUGUAAAUUGAGGCUAGAACAUCCCCGUCAGCCCUGCUCUUUUUUGAAUAAAGUGAUGUGCGCUGUUAUUGUUGGGGGGGGGAGCGAAAUCUGGCAAUGAGUGCUCAUUGCUUCCUGUUAAUGUAGCACAAUGAUAUCAAACCUUGGCCCUGACCGUGGCCGAUGUCUGCGUUCUUUGCUGGA